GGACUUGUCGUUGACCCGACUGAAGCAACAGCCUAGGCAUGGCUGCCGCUGUACAAUCUCCUUUCGCUACACUACUCAAACGGUCCAAAUUUUCUUCCUUCGACCCACGCAUCGCCCAAGUCUACACCACACACGGUGGUGACGCUCACCGCGGCAACUGGGGCUUCAAACGUCCACUCCCAAUACGCAGACGUGGUGCCUACAUCACAGUGAAGGCUGUCGACUCACUUGAGCAGCAGACAGAAUGGAACUCUGCUGAGCCUCAGGCAAUGUGGAUGAAGAACUGGGAUGAACUACAAAUAAACCCCACGACAGAAGAAUUGCGUCGGGCUUCGAACGCAGAAACUGGUGAUUUGGUAGACUCGGAGUACGCCCCAAUGCGGACGGACCCAAUAAGUUGGCGCUCAUCUGCUGUCCCUAAUAUCCAUGCCAUGUCCAACUUGGAAUUCAAGAAGUAUGUUGCGCAUAUCCGUCGCAGACGCGGAGACUUCUUUAAAUACCAGGAGAUGAAGGCGGAAGCAUUAAAGAUGGAGAGAGAGAAGAAGCAGCAGCAGGCUUUGAAGGAGGCGAAGGCGGACGUGUCCAAGGAAUCGUCUACGUCCAAGGCAUCGCCUAAAGAGAAAAGAGCCCCUCCCGAAAAACUUCGAACAGAUUAUACCCUUGAUGACUUCGCUAUAUGGGAGUCUGAAGGGGUACGAGAGCGUCCUCGAUCACGUUCACUCGAAAGCGUACCGCAUCGCUCCGCAGGUCUUCAUUACCCCCAUUUCUCAGCACUUCAAACAUAUCUCUCUACAAAGGAACACAAAGGACGACUAGUGGAAGACAUGAAGGGCGAGAAAGGAAAACCGAUCUAUUUCGUGGCAUCAUACGCUGGUAUGGGCACCAUCGUGCUGCAGAAGAACAAGGGAGUGGCCAAAGUGAUGACGUGGGGCGACCCGAGCGCAACUGGAGUGACGAAACUGAGGCCCGAGUCCGUAUCGUUGGAGAAGGCUCCGGAGGUGGUGUACAAGAGGCAGGGAUUGAAAGCGGCCAAGCUCUCGAUGAAAGCGUUUGAAAAUGAUGCGCAGAGUCAUUCCCAGAGCAACACUCAUAGACCCGGAUCACUGGAGUACAUCACAGCUGAACCCUUGAAGUCUUUCGCCAAUCACACCCCACACCUUAGGCGCCCGAGGUACGAUAAUGUCGUGCGCAGGUCAACGCAAGCACAAUCACAAAGUUCCUCCGGUGGAACGACCUUGGAUUAUUUGAAGGGGAUACUUGGGCGGGAUCAAGGUACGAACGGAGUUCCAGAGGAGGGAAAGUCAUAAUUAUAUUUAGUAUAGAAUACACUUGAAUUGUGGCUUGACAGUGGACACGAUGUGACACAAAACGCGU